AUGUUCGAGUUCGACCCAGAGCUCGUUGCUGCUUUUCAACGCAACAUGAUGUUUUUUCGUCGUGUGUUCAGCCUAGACACCUUCCUCAGGCCCUUGCCAGCGCCAGUGGCACAGUCCAUUGCACGAAGCUUUGGUUUCUUCACAAGCAUCUUCACACAGUUUGUUGAUCCGAAGGGCAUCAAGAACGCACAAAAAGCAAUGGGCAUUCGAAAGGAUGACUCUAGGAUUGUUCGACGGAAAGAGUAA